UGAGUCCCCGACCAGCUGCACCACGGGGGAGACACAGCUCAUUUGUCUCUUGUUGCUUUGGUAACAGACUGCACAAAUCGCUUUUUAGAUGUAUGUAGAACUGUCUUUCAAACCACAAGAAGGAAGCUCUGGAUUAAUCGGCUCUUCUGUUUACGUUCUGCUCUGGGUGACAGCGAAUCAGUGUCGAACAAAAAAAUUAAAGGAAACAUUUGGCCGAGAGAUCCUUCAACUCAUUUAAACUGACGUGACACUUGGAUUUCUCAGUGCCAAGUGUUGAGAAAUAGCUUUUCUUUUUCUCUCACCCCCCCCCCCUUCUUUUCAGGUCCUUAAUGCCUGCAUUCAGGGGACUCUUACUCAGUGCUUACCAGGGGAUCCACAAAAUGAAGUCUGGCCGUGAAUGAGAAAAGGGUUUUUUUGUUGUUGUUGUUGUUUGGUUUGGUUUUGUCUUUUUGGAAAACGGGGGAAGAAAAGACUUUUCAGGACAGUUUGGUUCUCAUUGUGCUCCACUCCAUGGCACUGAACGGAAUUAAAGCUGUAGCCCUCUGCAGCAUUCUGAUACACUUUCUGUCAGGGGUAGGGGGCAAUGAACACUCACAAACCAAGUGUGCAGACCUCAGCAACACCACCUGGCAGGAGUACAGACAAGGUGGCAAAUUACAGGUGCAAUACCUGCUUCUUACACGCAAGAAUGCAGACUGUGCUACCCUCUUCACACAGGAUUGUCUAAACCACACCCAGGAACACACACCACACUUCAAUUCAUCUCUCCCAACUAAAGUCAUUGUCCAUGGGUACAGAGCUCUGGGUACUAAGCCUUCCUGGGUGAGUGACCUGGCUAAGGCCCUGCUGAGGGCUGAGGACGGGAACGUCCUGGUGGUAGACUGGAUCUAUGGAGCAUCCUUCGCCUACAAUCUGGUGGUAGAAAACUACAAGGAGGUGGCAUUGCAAAUUUCAGUGCUUGUUAAUCAGCUUAAGAACCAUGGGAGCCCACUGGAGUCUUUCCAUUUGAUUGGCGUAAGUCUUGGGGCUCAUGUUGCAGGAUUUGUGGGAACCCUCUUCAAGGGCAAGAUAGGAAGAAUCACAGGCCUGGACCCUGCAGGACCCAUGUUCAAAACUGCAGACCCUUUUGACCGCCUGGAUUCCUCAGAUGCCAUGUUCGUGGAAGCCAUCCACACAGACUCUGACUACUUUGGCAUCUCUAUCCCUGUCGGACAUAUUGACUUCUUUCCGAACGGAGGAAUGGACCAGACUGGAUGCGCACGUUCGAGGUUUGCUUCAAUUUUUAUCUACUUUCCAGUGUAUGGUUAUGUCAUCUGUGACCACAUGAGGGCGGUGCAUAUCUAUAUGAGUGCGCUGAAUGGCUCGUGUCUUUUGAUGGGGUUCCCGUGCUCCAGUUACGAAGAAUUCCUUGCAGGACGUUGUACCAGCUGUGACGGGGAUUUCGAUGGCAAAUGUCCACAAAUAGGUCUUUUGAAGAACAGUGGGUUAACAGUGUCUCCUUUACCCAGUCUGGGGAAAGUUUACUUCCUCACUACGUCUGCUCCUCCCUUCUGCGCCCAUCAUAUCCUGCUGGAGUUGGAGGUGGCUCGUUUGAGCAAGAGUGCUGAACUACAGUUUACCCUCAUUACCAUAGGACUCCCAGAGACACAGCUGAAACUUAGGCUACAAACGGACAACACUGCGUAUAAAGGAGUGUUGGCUCAUCCAGAGCGACUGUGUAGAGUUGACUCUAUUCAGAUAAAGAACACCGGAGCUCGAUUCUAUAGACAGAGCAACAUCCACAUCGAAUCUGUUUGCAUCUCUGGUUUUCCAAACAACAGGUUGAAACCGCUGUGUGUGAAGAACGUAGACGUUGGCCGAGCUGCAGCAUGGUCUCAUGACUUUGUACAGGUGUGCUGACAGACAGAGGGCCCCACAGAGGCCUACAUAUAAAGUGAGAGCUGCAAGAGAGAAAACACUCAUUUACAAAAACACUCAUUUAAGAGUGGGCAGAGAAGACCCUUUACAGAAAUGCACAAUCACAUAUUAUGAGUAAUACAAACAGAGGGGUUCAUGCCCAGAGUUACAUAAUUCACAACAAGGAAGAUGGGAAGUGCUACAGGUUAAAAACAAGCAAGAAAUAAAUAAACAAACAAACAAAAAAACAGUAAAACAUUGUAACUUUGUCUACUCGAUUAAAGUUAAUUGAAUUAGGGUUCUGAUAAUAUUCAUAACUGUGAGAUACAUAAGAUGACAAGUCUCAUGUGUGUAGUCUUGACUACAGCUUCACACUGCUUAAUCCUCUAAUGGAAGCUUAGCAACAUUAAUCUUAAUUUGGCUAAACAUAUGACCUAUAUCUCUUUUCAAGUUUCAGUUCAGAUGAAAGGACAGGAUGUUGAUAUGUAUUUGCUGAUUACUGCAAGAGUUAGGGUAAGGCUGCGUGUUGUAAAGGUGUUGUAAUGUUUUAUGCAUUGUAGAAAAAUGCAGAAAAUUUAACACACUCUACAUUAUAUUCAGACAUGUGUGUGGAAGAGCUGUAAUUCAGAAAAUGUAAUGGAGAAUAUUAAGUCGGAACAUGACCGUGGAAGAGGAACAACAGACAUGAAUUUUCAAUAAGAGCUUUAAUGGAACAGUUUGGCCCCAUGAAAAUACACUAUUUAUACACUAUUUUCUUCUACUAUGUCAAUACAUUUUCCCCUCUUUUCUACCAGAAACACCAUUGCACUGUUUACUUUUGGUUUUACAUUGACCAAUGUGUCCGAACACAUGACGAGUGCAGACAAAAUACCCCCCCCGCCCCAUAACCUUAUUAAAUCCAGUGACCUGUUGUAUAUAUUCUGACAAACAAAUCCACGAAACACACCUUCGUCCACACUAGCUAUUUAGUGACUAAACAGUUGUAAUGUUAUAGUAGCAUGUGGAAUUAUACAUAACAAAAUUAUACAUAACAAGAAGAAGAAAAAAAAAAGUUUUGUUUUGUUUUGUUUUGGGGUUUUUUUCUGGGUGGUUUUAGGAAAACCAGUGAAAGUGAAUUCACGUGUCGAAAUACAAGUGUCCUCAAAUAAAUACUCUUGAAAACAGUACAAUAAACUUUACUCAUCACCAGU